CAGGGAUCAGCUGUGGAUGAGGAGCACUGGGACAGCACAGAUCGGCCAGUGAGGAGAGGCGACCGGACCGCAGGAAGGCACACAGUAGAGGAGCUCCUGGGAGCCGAAACAUUUCUCUGAGCGUCGGGGACCCCGCCAUUCAACAGCCAGAAUGGCUCGGGAUAUGUCAGAUAAGGAAAUCUUGAAAAUGGAGCUGGAGCAGUUGAAAAAGGAAGUGAGCACACCAAGGACACCAGUGAGUACGAACUGUGCAGAAACCAUUGCUUUCGUCGAGGGACUCUUGCCGAACGAUCCGCUGAUCAAGGGCGUUUCAGAUGACAAGAACCCGUACAAGGGAGACAAAGGAGGCUGCGUUAUAACAUAGCACACAUUCAUCCGUGUAUUUCUGUCAGAGUCGGUUGCUUUGUAGUGCAUUUUUUCCUGGUUUAAAUGUAUAAAUGAAAGAAACAGAAGGCGUGUAUCAGUGUUGUUAUGAGCACUGUAUUAGUAUGACUUUGGGUUAAUUUGUAAAUAAAAAUAGCUGUAAAUAUC